AUGACGCCGGGUUUCUCCUUGCGUUCACCUCUCUCCUUUCUCAUUGGAGUGGUUUUGCUCGCAACAAGACCCAUCGUUCACUCUCUCGACCAAGUCGAGGAAGUCAAGCUUGGCCCGGAUGUCGGCAAGUCCACUGUGGAGCUCAUCGAAGCGCGUGGAUUCGUGGCGGAGACUCACAAUGUCACUACAGCUGACGGUUAUAUUCGCACCUUGCACCGCCUUCCCAAAUCGUAUGAUGAGAGUCAAGCAGGUGAAGAAGCUGCGAAGGACAAACCUGCCGUCUUGAUACAACAUGGACUGCUCGACAGUAGCUUCUCCUGGGUCUGCAACUUCCGUAACCAGAGCUUAGCCUUCGUGCUCGCCGAUGCUGGGUAUGAUGUCUGGCUUGGAAACAACCGAGGCAAUACGUACUCCACCGGUCACGUCAAGUACACCACCGAAGAUGACGCGUUUUGGGACUUUAGCUGGGAAUAUAUGGGCCGGUUCGACUUGCCAGCGAUGCUCAAUUACGCUCGCGAGACUUCAGGACAGAAGACAAUAGCGUUUGUGGGCCAUUCAGAGGGCACGACACAAGCUUUUGUCGCCUUCUCUGAAGACCAGACGCUUGCUCAAUCCGUGUCGUACUUUGCAGCUCUGGUACCCGUAGCCUGGUUGGGGAACACCAAGGCCGAGGCACUGAAAUUUCUGGCCAAGGUGUACCUGGACAAGAUCUUUGAGGUCUUCGGUCAAGUCGAGUUCCUGUCACAGAACAAAGUACUACAGGAGGUCAUCGAAGCUUCUGCCUGCACGGUGAACCCUGAACUCUGUGAUACUGCCCUUGCGUUAAUAUCCGGCGUGUCCGAGAACUGGAAUAUGUCUCGAGUAAGUGUGUAUCUCUCCGAGAUGCCGGCAGGAACGUCCGUCAAGAACAUGGGUCACUACGCACAAAGUAUUCGCAAAGGCACCUUUUCAGCCUACAACUACGGCUGCGGCUGUCUGCGUAUCCUUGGGAUGAAACUGUGCUCUAAACACAUUUGCGAGAACAAAGUCAAGUACGGCAGCUUCGACCCGCCAGCGUUUCCUCUAAGUAGGAUGACGUACCCUCGAACAGGAUUCUUCACCGGUGAGAACGACAUAUUGGCUACUGCAACUGACACAAACCAGCUCCGAGCUGCGUUACCGAACACGACAAUUAUCCACGACGAGGAGAUCAGUGACUUCAGCCACUUGGACUUCACCUGGGCGCAACUCGGUCAUUACACCCACAUCGGAUUCUAA